CACAUCAAAAUCAAUCAAACCAAAAGAAAAGCAAAGAAUCAAGAAAGCUAACACAACAACUAAAGAUGGAUUUUGGAAGGUUUCCAAUAUUCUCAAUCCUCGAAGACAUGCUCGAAGUCCCUGAAGAACAAACCGAGAAGACCCGUAACAACCCUUCAAGAGCUUACAUGCGAGACGCUAAGGCAAUGGCUGCUACACCAGCUGACGUCAUUGAGCACCCUGACGCGUAUGUCUUCGUCGUGGACAUGCCUGGAAUCAAAGGAGAUGAGAUUCAGGUUCAGAUUGAGAGCGAGAACGUUCUUGUGGUGAGUGGAAAAAGACAGAGAGAGAGCAAAGAGAACGAAGGUGUGAAGUUUGUGAGGAUGGAGAGGAGGAUGGGGAAGUUUAUGAGGAAGUUUCAGUUGCCUGAGAAUGCGGACUUGGACAAGAUCUCUGCUGCUUGUCAUGACGGUGUGUUGAAAGUGACUGUUCAGAAACUUCCUCCUCCUGAGCCUAAGAAACCAAAGACUAUACAAGUUCAAGUCGCUUGAGUUUGUUUGUGAUCGUGUCAUGUGUUUUAGUUUCCGUUUUUUAAUGAAUGUAAGAUGAAAUAAGAGUUUUUUUUUAUUUUGAUAAAAUAGAAGUUUUUUUCUCUGUUCA